UGUUGGCACCACUGGAUGUACACGUAACCUAAAAGAAGAAAUGUACGUGUACCUGUAACGAAUGUUUUGUAUUUCUGUGUCAUUGACUGCACGAUAUUAUUAUUUAUCAUUCGUGAUAAAAUUGUAACAACAACAGGAAGAAACAACGCCGUAAAAACAGACUCUAAAAUGUCAGACAUAAGAGACUGGUUUAAUUCUUUGCCGAUAUUCACAAGACAUUGGUUACUGUGCACCGCGGUGCUGACGUUACUCGGCAGAUUCGGAUUCCUCAGUCCGCAUUCGCUCGUGCUAUGGCCCGACCGAUUUCUGAACAAUUUCGAGAUCUGGCGAGCGGUGACGAGCGUUUUCUAUUAUCCUCUCAGCCAGGGCACCGGCUUUCACUUUCUGAUCAACUGCUAUUUCUUGUACAAUUAUUCAUUAAGGUUGGAACGUGGCGAAUAUGAUGGAAAGCCCGCGGAUUAUUGCUUUCUUCUUUUGUUUAAUUGGAUAUGCUGCGUAAUUAUUGGGCUUAUUGGUGAUUUUUCUCUACUCAUGGAUCCAAUGGUCCUCAGCGUACUGUACGUGUGGUGUCAGCUGAAUAAAGAUGCCAUUGUGAACUUCUGGUUUGGUACACAAUUCAAAGCCAUGUAUUUGCCGUGGGUCUUAUUUGGAUUUAACUUGAUUAUCUCCGGUGGAGGGAUGAUGGAGCUGUUCGGAAUCUUAGUGGGACAUCUGUACGUCUUCUUAAAGUUUAAGUAUCCCCAAGAACUCGGUGGACCUGAAUUACUCAACACUCCAAAAAUACUCGAAAAUUACUUUCCACCUCAAAGAGGAGUACGAUCUUUCGGAAGUGUACCGGUGCAGAGACCAGUAAGAGAACAGAAUGCUCAAGAAAGAAAUAUAUUUGGGGGACACAAUUGGGGAAGAGGUCAUGUAUUGGGUCAAUAAUCUUAAAAAAUUAAAAAGAAAUAUAUGUAAACUCAUUCAUAAGAAAUUUUUUAUUUUAUUGUAUUUGUUCGAUUGCUAAGAUCAAUGUACAAAGGUGUGUGUGUGUGUGUGUGUUUGCGCGCGCGUGCGUGCAUGUGUGUGCGUGUGUGUGGAGCGAACCACGUCGAGGACGGGAGCGCCCUGAUUGACCAUGUUGCAAUUGACCGCAACCAUUUACAGCAAUGAAUGCUUAGAGUUUUUCCGUUGGACCGCCAAUUAGAAAAGCGGUGGUCAAUUGGGACAUGGUCAAUCGGGGCGUUUCCGACUGGACACCCCACUUGCCCAAAAAUUGACGCAAUCAAUUCGAGUGUUUGAGGGCUCAAAAUUUUCGUGAGAACAUGACCUUUUGAAUGCUAAUUGGCGUUUUAGCGAAAUCCAAUAUGACGGGCGAAAGUCUUGUAAUUGUUCAUGAAUAUCGUUAUAAGCCAAACAACAUUCUUUUGCACAGAACUAGAUUACCAUAUCUAUAUGGUUUUUGGGUUGCUAAAUAUAGAUCAUACAGACAUAUAGACACGGUAAUCUGGUCCCAUGCAAAAGAAUUUUGUUCAGCUCAUGACGAUAUUCGUGAACAAUUUUAAGGACUUCCACCCUUUCACCCGCCAUUUUAGAUUUGACUAAGGCACCAAUUAGCAUUCGAAAGACCAUGCUCUCAUAAAUUCGAAAAUUUUGAAAAUUUAAACACUCGAUUUGAUUGCGUCAAUUUUUGGAUAGGUGGGCUGUCCAGUUGACGUGGAUUCUCACAUGUAUAUAUACAUAGUUCAGUGAGGGUGUCCGUUUCAUAGACACAACGCCUGAUGUGUGUGCGUGCGUGCGCACGCGUGUGUGUGUACAGGGAGCUGCAAAUUUUCAACAUAACGCUUGCAUAAAAGUAGAACGGACCAAACUAAGUAGAAAAGUCUUACCGCUGGAUACCGGCAAACGUGCGACAGCGCGAGACAAGACGAGACCGCUCAGCGAGACGCGCCUCCACGAUCGCAUGGUUAUUUAUAAGCUUAGCGACUACGGACACGCGUCUCGCUGGGCGGUCUUGUCUCGCGUUGCCGCACGCUUGUCGGUAUUUGGCGGAAAGCCGGGCAAAAUGGCUAUUACAUACACAUGUAUACACUAAUGUAUGAUGCGUUCUGUGUCUGUGAAACGACAUCCCUCUCUACCCAGAAUAUAUCUCGGUUUUAAAAAAUCAGCAAUUGCG